CGUGUGUGGCGUAUGCUCGCACAGGUUUUUAACGUCAUAACAUAGGCGAUAAUUUUUUUAAUACCACCGCCCAAUCAACAUGCUAUUUUGUCAAGUGAACUUUUAAUAAAUUUUAAUAUAAAUAUUUUAAUUAUUAAUAAAUUUUAUAUUCUACGAGAGCAAGAUGAAUGUAAUAACAGCUGUAAAAUAUUAUGUUGCCAAAAUGACAGAGGAAAGUGGUCCAGGAAUGAAAGUUCUGUUAAUGGAUAAACAAACGACCAGCAUUAUCAGUUUAGUUUACAGCCAAUCAGAAAUAUUGAUGAAAGAAGUUUAUCUUUUUGACCGUAUUGAUGCCUCUGUUCGAAGUGAAGGCUUAAAACAUUUAAAAUGUAUUGUUUUUAUAAGGCCAACAGAAGAGAAUGUUAGACUUCUAUGCAAUGAACUCAGAUACCCAAAAUAUGGAGUGUAUUAUAUUUAUUUUAGUAAUAUCAUACCUAAAACCGAUAUAAAAUUACUCGCUGAGAAUGAUGAACAAGAAGUAGUUAGAGAAGUACAUGAAUUUUAUGCCGAUUAUUUAGCUAUAAGUCCACAUUUAUUUUCUCUUGGAAUUAGCACAUGUUCUAGAGGACUCAAUUGGGAUCCAGUGCAUUUGCAAAGGACUGUUCAAGGCAUAACAGCAGUGUUAUUAUCUUUGAAAAAAUGUCCACUCAUUCGUUAUCAAAGUAAUUCUGACAUGUGCAAACAUUUAGCUGAAAAAAUUCGUUAUGUUUUAACACAAGAAUCAAGUUCCUUUGAGUUUAGACAAGAAUCAAGUCCAAUUUUAUUAUUACUUGAUAGAAGAGAUGAUCCAGUAACACCACUACUCAAUCAGUGGACUUACCAGGCAAUGGUGCAUGAAUUAUUAACUAUAAAUAAUAAUAGAGUGGAUUUAUCAAAUGUUAAAGGUAUAUCAAAGGAAUUGAAAGAAGUUGUACUUAGUGCAGAACAUGAUGAAUUCUAUGCAAAUAACUUACAUCUUAAUUUUGGAGAAAUUGGUCAAGUAAUAAAAGAAUUGAUGGAAGAUUUUCAAAAAAAGGCUAAGAAACAUCAAAAAGUUGAAAGUAUAACUGACAUGAAAAAUUUUGUUGAAACAUAUCCAUUAUUCAAGAAAAUGUCUGGCACGGUUGCCAAACAUGUAACAGUUGUUGGUGAACUAUCUAAUAUGGUUGGAAACAAUAACUUACUUGAAGUAUCUGAACUAGAACAAGAACUUAGUUGCCAAAAUGAUCACUCUAAUCAACUUCAGAAAAUUAAAAAACUCAUCAAUGAUAGUCGGGUGCGAGAUAUUGAUGCAACUCGCCUCGUUACGCUUUAUGCAUUACACUAUACAAAACAUACUAAUAAUGACGUUGCUGCUUUAUGUGCAAUGUUGAAAAAACGAAAUGUCCCUGAAAAAUAUGUGAAGCUUGUAUAUAGUAUAUUAGAUUACAGCGGUAUCUCUACAAAACAAAUAAACUUAUUUGACAAAGAGGCGGUUGCAAAGAUAACUAAAAAAUUGUUUAAAGGAUUAAAUGGAGUUGACAAUAUUUAUACGCAACAUACGCCAUUGUUAGCCGAAACUGUUGAAGAUCUUAUUAAAGGCAAAUUAAACAUUCAAACCUUCCCCUAUUUAGGAAAUAUAGUACUAACAAAAAAACCUCAAGAUAUCAUUCUCUUCAUGAUUGGUGGAGCAACUUAUGAAGAAAGUCUUUCAAUUUACAACUUAAACAAGCAGAAUCCCGGAACAAGAAUAAUAUUAGGCGGUACAACUAUUCAUAACUUUGAAAGUUUUUGCGAAGAAAUCCAGUCGGCAAUGGUAGGCGUGAUCGCAAGGUAUCGACCUAAGAGCAUACGAGAACGAAACGAGCGCGACCAUGAUUAAAAUAACAAU